AGAAGCAAUCGAUCUAAAAUCGAUAUUUUUAAAUGUUGUGUGUUGUAUUUUUCAUUUUUAUGUUAUCGAUUGAAGAAACAAUGCUUUUUUCCUUCUGUAUAGCGUGUUUCAUGUCAUAAAUGUAAUUUUUAUUCCUCUAAAAUAUGCUUGAAUGUCUGGACUGAUCCUUCACUACAAGGCCGCUGCGCCUUCGCUCUCUCAGCUGCUUUGGUGUAGCGGCUGUGUAAAUUGAUACGUAAAUUUAAGUUGUACUCGGUGUGUAGCGUUCACGACUAACGUACUGGCGACCUAUUUCAGGCUUCCCUAGGGAGUUCAAGUCCAGUUGGCUCUUUAUCAUCAGAGGACCAUGACUUUGACCCAACAGCAGAAAUGUUAGUUCAUGAGUAUGAUGAUGAGAGGACUCUGGAGGAAGAAGAGUCUCUGGAUGGAGGGAGGAAUUUCAGCUCUGAGAUUGCAGAUCUGGAAAAGGAGGGGAACAUGCCUUUGGAAGACCUAUUGGCCAUCUAUCGCUACGGGGCUUCAGCAGGCUCCAGUAUAGACAGCUCCUCUGGAGACCUUACCGAUGAGCUGCCUGACAUGACUUUGGACAAGGAGGAAAUAGCUAAAGACCUGCUGUCUGGAGACUAUGAGGAGGAGACCCAGUCCUCAGCUGACGAUCUUACCCCUUCAGUCACCUCCCAUGAGGCCACUGAUUUCUUCCCAAGAACACUUCGAUCCAAUGCCAUCUCUGAUGGUGAUAAAGAAUCGGAGUGUGAUGAAGAUGGCCCAAGCCCAGAGGACUCCAGAAAGGAAAUAAUGGUGGGAACACAGUACCAAGCAGAAGUUCCUUCUUGCCUAUGUCACUACAAAGAUGGGGAGAAAGUAUAUGAAGAUGAAGAUGAGUUAUUAUGGAGUCCAGGUACAUUUCCUGAAAACAAGGUUAGGAGUUUUCUGUCUGAAUUGUUGUCACGGACAACAGAUGAAAAGACAGGAUGUGACAAACCAGGGAUGUAUGUUCGAGACAAUGAGCAGGCUUUGCAUGAGCUUGUCAAGUGCAACUACAACACCCGUGAAGCACUAGAGAGAUACUGCAGCCAUGUAAAGUCCUCAAAAGAAAAAUCACCUCCAUGGUCAGAAGAGGAAUGCAAGAACUUUGAACACGCACUACAGAUGUAUGACAAAAAUUUUCACCUCAUACAGAAACACAAAGUCACAACACGAACAGUACCAGAAUGUGUGGCGUUUUAUUACAUGUGGAAAAAGUCAGAGCGCUUUGACCUCUUUGUGCAGCAGAAUCGGUUUGGGAAGAAAAAAUACAGCAGCUAUCCUGGUGUAACUGACCUGAUGGACAGGCUGGUGGAUGAAGCUGAGGGACUGGCAGUGGACAGUUCCUCCUCUGUGUGUUCAGGAGCAGGUGGAGGAGGAAGGCUGGAGACUACCACAGACCAACAACUCAGCCUGCUCAACUCCAUCACUGCCAGCGACCUCACAGCUUUGAGUAACAGUGUAGCCACAGUGUGCAGCCCUGCAGAGGUUAGUUGCCUGGACUCCUACAGCUUUCCUCCGUUGGAAAGUCUCCAUCGUGCGUCCCUGAACCACGACGAAUCCCUUGGGUUCCCUUCCAACGGUGCAGACCCCGACUGCCUCAACAUACUCGACGCUGGCUUCUACCACUCUGACCUGGGCCAGCUAGGAGGAGUGUGUGUCAGCAAGGACUGCGAGCGGCCUUCUAAGAGACUCAAGAUGGCGCUGCCUGACUCCUUUAUCAAUGAUGUGUCUGUGGGUAACCUUGGAGUGGACUUCGAAGCGCGACGGACAACGACACACCACCACCGAAUCACCGGUGCCAAAAUGGCAGUGUCUGUCACAGACUUUGGGAGCUUAGCUGGCAGCGGCGAGCCCAACGGGUUUCUGGGAGCACAUGCACGGCACCACACACAGCACACUGCAGCACUUCAGUCAGAGUGAUCUUCCUCGUCUUCUUCCCUUGUUCUUCCCUUUUGAAACCUCUUAUCCCGCUUGUACAUAAGACUGACCUCACUGGAGAA